AGUGACGCCGGUCGUUGGCGGGAGCCGGAAGUGUGCGUUUUGCAGUUUGGGAGCGGAGCUGCGGGAGCGGGGAAGAGAAACGGAAAUCUUUACAGAAUUAAACCAGACGAGAAACGCAGUCCGGAGCGCCGGCAGGAUGUCAUCCACCUCGCAGAAGCACAAGGAGUUCGUGGCGGAGCCGAUGGGAGAGAAGCCGGUCAUGGCUCUGGCUGGAAUCGGGGAGGCGCUGGGGGGUCGGCUGGAAAGCAAAGGGUUCGAUAAGGCGUACGUGGUUCUGGGGCAGUUCCUGGUCCUGAAGAAAGAUGAAGAGCUCUUUAGAGACUGGCUGAAGGACACGUGUGGCGCCAACGCCAAACAGCAGAAAGACUGCUUCUCCUGCCUCAAAGAGUGGUGCGAUUCCUUCUUGUAAGAGGCGAGGGGGGCGCCCUGCUCCUCCCUCCCUCCCUCCCUCCUCCUCCUCCUCCUCCUCCUCCCGUCUUCAUAAGUUGAUUGACUCGUUGAUUUGACAGCUCAGUGAUUUGGGUUUUAGGAAUGAUUUUCCUGUUUGUUCGAAGGUGUUGUGUGGGGAUUCUCAGUGUCACGCAUGGCUGUGCGCUGUGAAGGGAUCAGGGAGAGAGGGAGGCUGUGUGUGUAAAACAUCUCCUCCUAUGAAUUCAUUUUAAGGUUUUAAUCUUCUUCACGCUGGUGUUCUGCAGUUUUGAAAUGUGAAAGAGACCGCAGGCUGUUUUAAAACAAACCAGAAGCGUCCGACAGAUAAAGGGUUUUG